UCAGUCUACAUGAAGGACGCCUCUCGGAGAUGGGCCUGCUACGGUGCCAGCUGAUGACUCGAGUUCAUGGCUCAAGUGUCCCAAUUUAGCUCCUCCCACGCCGCAAAACUUCCAAAAAAGGGAGACAGCGGCAACAAGCAACAACGAGACCAACACACCAAAAGACACUCGCUUUCCCCCUCCAGUCCCUCGCUUACUCCGCCCAGAUGCAUUUCAGCAUCGCAGUCCUGUCCCUCGCAGCAGCAUGCUUUUCCCAGGUGGCCGCACAAUCGAGUGUCAGCAAGUCAGAAACCCCUUUGGCUACAAAGCCAGUCUCCACCGCCGCCUCACAGGCCACUACCCCCAUCACCAUCAAGGGCAACACCUUCAUGCGCGGCAAUGAGCGCUUCUUCCUUGUUGGUGUUGACUACCAGCCCGGAGGCUCCAGCGACUUGACUGACCCUCUGAGCAACCCUACUAUCUGCGCCCGUGACAUUGCAGUCAUGCAGACGCUUGGUAUCAACACUAUUCGCAUCUACACGGUGGACAACUCUGUCGACCACGACGAGUGUAUGAGUCUCCUGAGCAAAGCCGGAAUUUACCUCGUGCUUGACAUCAACACGCCCCAAUCUUCCCUCAACAGGAACGAUGCAGCCUCUUCUUACAAUCUUGCUUACAUGCAGCACUUGUUUGCUACAGUGGAUGCAUUCAAAAAGUACCCUAAUGUUCUCGGCUUUUUCGCAGGCAAUGAAGUCAUCAAUGAUGCACCGACCGUGGGCACCGCCCCAUGGAUCAAAGCCGUCAUCCGAGACGUCAAGCAGUACAUUGCCGCACAGUCUACCCGUGCCAUCCCCGUCGGCUACUCCUCCACUGAUGUUCCCGGCUCGCGGUACAAAUUUCCUGAAUACCUCAACUGUGGCAACGCCUCUACGCGAGCUGAUUUCAUUGGCACAAACGUAUACAGUUAUUGUGGUGACUCUAGCUUCACCCAGUCCGGUUAUGACCAGCUCGUCGCAGGAUUUAGCGAUCUGACCAUUCCUCUGUUUAUGAGCGAGUUUGGGUGCAAUCAAUUCGCAGGAGACCAGUCCAAAGGGCGUGCAUUUUCAGAGGUGGCCACUAUCUACAGCAAGGAGAUGACUUCGGUCUUCUCUGGAGGCCUCGUCUAUGAAUACACGCAAGAGGUCAACAAUUAUGGAUUGGUCACCAUCGGCAGCAAUGGCCAGGUGAGCGCACUACCAGACUUUUAUAACCUGCAGAAGCAGUAUGCCGCUCUCAAGCUUGACAAGUCUGCCCCCGGAACCAGCAAGACGACGGCCCCUGCCUGCCCGGGCAACUCGACCGACUUCGAGGGUGUUUGGGCAGAGGAUGUUCUUCCCGUCCAACCCGCUGGAGCUGCAGCGUUGAUCAAGAACGGAGCUGGUGCACCUCUUGGCAAUGGCGGUAGUGGUUCACAGAACGCAGGCUCUGGCUCAGGUUCCGGUUCCGGCAACAGUAACGUUGGCUUGACUUCUUCAACCACUUCUGGCAGUGCACGAUCCGCCUCGCCCAGUGCCUCUGCAACGCGAACGUCUGGUGCACAGUCUGUCUUGCCUACUUUGUCUAUGGGUAUGUUGGCUGCUUGGUCCUUGACACUCUCUGCUGCAUUUGGCGCUGCAUUGUUCUUUUAAGCUUACGGUCACGCGCAUGGUGGACACAGAAUGGUGCAUCCAUAGCAAGUAAGUCUUAGUUUACGUCUAAUCGUUCAUUCGUUCGUCAGGUGAGCAUUUCUAUCUGCUAGGUAGUCCACCUGAAGGUACAUGGAUAAGUAGUCCUGGUAGACUUCGGAUUUCCCCUGUGAGACAAUAGUUUUUGACGUUUGCAAGCACUCAAGAUGAAGCUGACACUGCCUGGCAG